UACAAACAUCAAUGUAUUGAUCAACCCUCUAUUGUAUGAAACAUAUGUGUCCUCCAAAAUAGAUUGAAAAGUCUAUAGAUACAGGUGACAAGAGAAUACAAGGGAAUACAAGGGGUGAUGCAAUAAGUUCCAUGUUGGCAAUAUCGAGUGAUGACUCACCCAUCAACCAUCCUCGUUACUUUCUUUUGUUUGCAGCUCGUUGGAGCAGUGCACCCAGCAGUGAGCAUAAUAAAUUUAUGAUAAUACAAUUCUAAUGAUAUGAAUUGGCCCUUGCUCUUGCAUUGAAUUCUGGGAAAUGUAGUGAUGAGUCAUACCCCAGUAGUGAAUAGACAUGAGAGGUGUAUGAAUAAACAUAAGAUAGAAUUGACUCAUGAAUAUGCAUGAGGGUUGUAAAGUGAGGAAUUGGCCAAUGGCGAUUGAGAGUGCAUAACACACCUCCAAUUCUCAUCUGCAUGAUGAGAAUCAGGAAGCUGUGAUUGGUUAUGUGAUAAAACACCCACUGGGCAUGCUCAGUUGAGGGGUAAUUUUAUGCUGUUGGCAAUGGAAGAAGAGAAGUCAACGAGAGGAGUGGGUUGUGAUGUUUUGAAUGGUAUUGGAUAUCAGAUCGGAAGUGUGCGUGAAUGAGAGUAGUUCAGGUUAUCACAUGCUGCUAUCUAUCCAUGUGUCAGAAAAGUGUAUCAGGCCACAAGAAGGAGUUUCAUAGAUAGCUAUCAAAUACCACAUCCUCUGAAAUAAAAUUUCAUUUGGUUAAAAGAUUUCAUCAGAGUUUCAUCAAAUUGAUCAAAACAUCUACCAAAAUGAUUCUAAAACGCAUCGGAUACGCUUUUGGUCUCGGCACGUUCAUCUCGAUGUCGAGUUGGCUGGUGAAAGCCAAAGAGGGUUUUUGGUCUUCGUUCGUAGACUGGAUUGGGACGGUCAAUUCCUGGCACUGGGAUGGAAUCUCGGGAUCCAAGAACCAGCUAGAGCUCCCAUUCCAAUAUCUGGAUCCAGAGAAAGGGACCCUUGGUCUUGGUUCAACAUGUGUAAUGACCGAAGCGACCAAAGAUGCGUGGUUGUACUGGAAUCCAGUCUGGAGAGGAAAUUCCAAUAAUACCUCACCUACAACCUUUCCAGAUUGUAAAUACACAUGUCACUACAAGUGCUUGAAUGAUGUGGGACUGGACUGUAUGGAGUCACCGGAGCUGCGGAAAGACACUCCAGACCACUCGCCGCAGCACACUCUAGUCUCAGUAGAGGACAUAGAGAAUGAGUUAGAGAGCUUUGUAUUCCUGACGAGGGAGGAGUUAGAACCAAAGAUUGACAAGUUCAACACGCUGAGGACUCAGAAGAGUGAAUCACUCACACUGAAUGAGGAAGGGACUCUGUUCAGUGGCCGAGUGACCGUUAACAUCAACCUGGCCAGACCGGUUAGUGUGAGGACAGGAUGCCCGCUACCGGACAUCUGUGUAAGCACGCUGAAGCAGUAUGAGCACAGCAUUGAUACCAACAAGAGACGAACCACCUUCUUCAUGCCAAAGGCUACCUCUCAGGAGCUGAACAUUACCUGCUACACCACGGCCCAGGAUGUGAUCAGGAACGUCCUAGCGGGACUUCAGCUCAUAGACAACCCCAGGAAGUUUGCCCUCUUUGAGAGGACAGAGCACAAUGGAGAAGUGUUCAUGAGGAAGAUGGUGGAUGAAGACAGACCUCUCUACAUGUGCUUGUCCUGGACUUCAGCCACCGGCAGUAAGAGGUUUGAGCUACGAGAGAACGAGACUGGAGUUAUUGAGUGGGAGGCGUUCACGGUCCCGGAGCUCCAGAACUUUCUGCGGAUCCUAGACAAGGAGGAGGAGGAGUACAUCCAGGCGGUCCGACGCAAAUACAUCAAGUACCAGACUCUCCUACAGGACACUGUAGACUCCACCACCUCCACCACCACCACCCAGCAGCAGAAGCAGAGUGCUCCCAUACACCAGAAGCAGAUCAGUGCUUGAAUGAAUGAAUGAAACUCAUCCAGGCCAGGGAGCUGAAGAGGGAUCCAGAAGGAGAACUCUCAUCCUGAUCCUUAUCUUUCUGUAGCAUCAAAUGGCUUAGUUUAUAGAGGCAUACUGUAGAUCAUUCUUGGGGUGGUGAUGGGGAGGUUGUAUGUACUGGGUAAAUAAUAGUGCGAGAAAAUGGUGCGGAGAAAAGGUGACUGAAAAUAUACAUGGAUAAAUUCAUGUCGAAAUCCUUUUCUCAUUCCUCAAAAAAAAAAAAAAUCAUACUAGGAUAUGGUGUAGGGUUUUAGAGGCUACAAUAAAAAAGGAGAAAAGUGACAAGGACGUAGUGGCACUUUGUGGAAUUUGAGAUCAGACCUAACAAUUGAAAUGAUCAAAAAGAUAGUGAUUAGUUAGAAAUAACAAAAUAAAAAAUGACCAAUAGAAGCAACAUCAGAGUCUUGAAAGAAUUCUUGAUGUGAUGCAGGAAUUGUUGGAUGGACUUGUUGAAUGCCUGCUACAUUUACCAAUUAAAAUAGAUUAUUAGCAGCUCUAGGUUAUGUGAUAUGGCUCUAGUUAGUUCCUUAUCGUACUCUACAUAGAAAAAACCCUGCUAUAUAUACAUUGUAGGUCUCUUCUCUCUCCUUUGUGUGCCACUUGGGGUCAUUGGGUAAAAAAGGAAAUUAGUUUGUAGUCUUUCCCGAUUGGACCACUGGAUGUUUAUAUUUUAUCUUAUCUUCUUGGAAUGUGGAAUGAUGACAAAAAGCAAGGAUUAUCCCGAAUUCUUUAAGAACUUAUGAAAUUAAAAAAAGCUUAAUUUUGAUGGUGUGUUGGAUGUAAUGCUGAGACCUUCAAUACAAAAAAAUUGAAACCCAGUUUACUGUAAACAAAAAAGAGAAGUCAAGUCUGCUGGGGUAAACAAAUCAAAACUGGAUGUAUUAGCUCUUAAAUGGAUUCAGUAUUUAUUAAAUUGUUACUCUUUGUUAAAAAAAACGAGGGACUGUACCUUACAUAGGAAAAGAAAUAUUGAAAACUGAAGAAAAGUUCUUUCAGAAUAUAGAAGGAAGGAUUUUCCUUGCUUUCUGCAUGCAGCUUGACUGCUUACAUACUGUCAUGAACUCAUGAUGAUGUACAUAAAAUGUGUUGAUAAACAAGAUGUGCAUAUUCUAUCACAACAUAUCGCAGAGACCAAAAUAACAUAUGGUUGUGUGUACAUAAUGAUCAUCUUGUGCAGGACACAGAUAACAUGCCAUCAAACUUGAACCAGUUAGCCCAAAGCUAUCCUAAACAUUCCUCUUCAAGAAACAUCCACUUUAGAAGUAAGUCUCUUACUUUCCAUCUGGGGAAGAAAUAAGAACGGGAAGAAUUCACAAAGUUUGUGAUUUGAGGAUACACCAUAGGAAUGAUAUUCUUUUAGAUAAAGUUUGCUGUGUUAGAUUGCAUUCUUCUGUAUCAGUAUUGUGUAGAGGUAUCUAUGAUAUCGUGCUGAGUUUGCUGCUAUUCAUACAAAGGCAUUGUGGGAGUGCAUGAAUGACUGCACUCAAAGCUCUGAUAACCAUCAUUAUAAUCCUCAUAACGUCAUAGACAUAGUCAGGGAUUUGUUGCCUGUCACACUGAGGAUUUUCAUGCCAGACUGGUCACAAUAUGAACCCACACAUUUAUUGAAAGAAAAAAAAAAGAAUAUUGGGAUUUUUAUUUUUUAAAAGACCCCCUCUUUUUUAAAUCUUUUUUUUUUAAUCCUUGAGUGCAAGAAAUAACAAUAUGGCAGUAUCAAAAACUCUCACUUUGCCUUCAUUGUGAUAUUAGCAGACCUCUUCUUUCACAUUUUAACCAAUCUGUAGUUUUUAGCACUCUGUGUACUUGCUGUGUUUGUGUGAGGAAAUCAAAGCCUGUUUGAUUUUUAUCUGUGUGUGGAAGGCUCUUUAGGGCUCCAAUGACAUAAUAUGAUUGCAAUUGUGUAUUGAAUCUCUUGAUGACUAUGUGUGUUUAGGACAUAUUGUAAGGAUUUAUUUUUAUAUUUUGUCAGGAAAGUGCAUUAACUAUUAUUUCUGUAAGGUUUUAGGAUAUACUAUGUUGUAUUUUUUAAGUUAUUAGGAAUUAAGGUACAUUGACUGGAGACCAAUGAGGCUUUUGUUGAGCAUCAAUAGCAGGGUGUCUAAACUUGAGCAUAGCUAGCAGGAGAAAAGUGUUUCUUCACAAUCUACUGUGAUAUUUUACUUCUCUAAAUAUCAAAAUUGUUGAAGAUUUGUCCUGUUGGUGCUAAGUAGGAUCAAAACUAUUCUUAUAUAGGACCAAGGCGGUAAUAUAUUCAGGGAUCUAUUAUGUGUUCAGACAUUAGAAAUAUUAAGAGUUUAUGUUUCAGGUUGACGUGCUUAUACCUUGUAUGCCUUUUCUACGAACUGUGUUCUCAUUGCUACAGAUCUUUAAGACAUAGGUAUCCAUGUCAUAUAGUGUAUGAUCGGUGGAUAGGCAUUGUCUUUGGACUGUGCUCACUAUGCCUGUGCAGCAAUGGAGCAGUUUAUAAGAGUAUGGCAGUGGGGAUAGCUCUAUGUGCUGCACUCAAAUCACAUUGUAUACGGUUGAAGAUGUGUUUUGAUCAUCUUUUUAUGGGAGGAAAAAAAAAAUGUAUUAAUUAUCUUGCCAGAUGCAUAUCUUUGUUGAUAAUGCAAGGGGUUUAUUUCUGAAUUAUAUUUUGUAGUGAGUUAAGUUUAUUCAGAAAUUAUGCUAGGAUAUUGAUGUAUUAAAACAGCAAUGCAAAUGGUUUAACCGUUUCUAUUUAAACUUGUCUAAAGCUUUUUUAAACACAGAAACUCACUAAAAAGAAACAACAUUUUGGGUUUGGUGAGAUUUAGGUCACUUCAAGGAAAACAUUUGCAAACCAGAUAGUUGGAUAUGUUACAACAAAAAUAGUAAAUAUUACAUUUCUACCAACUAAUAUAGGAAAUUCCAUGCCAUUUGCAUUGCUGGUUUACAUCAUCAAUUGUUUAUUUUUUUUAAUUUCUAAAUAGUAUGGUGCUUUAUGAUACUUAUUCUCCAAUCUGCAUAUACAUGUAGAGCAAUAGGAAAUAUCUUUUUGACCUUGAUUUUGAAGAGACAUCUCAAUGAAUAUGUAUGCUUGAUCUUUUAUUUAAUGACAAAUUAUAGGUGACUAUUUUCUCUUCUUGAUUUUUAUUUAUGUAUGUUAGGAUAUAUAGUAAGGUUAAGUUCCAAAUUGUGAGUACAUUCCUUUUGUUGCGUAAACCCAUUGUAUAUUUCAUUGGGAAAUAGACUAAUGCCAAACUUAAAACAUUACCAAUAUUGUUUAUCCUGUAAUAGCCCUUAAGGCAUUAACAAUCUUAUGCAUGCAGUCAUGAUCAGUUUAUCCAUUUUUCCUUUGACCACAGAAUACUUGACAGGAGACAUUGAAAUGAAAUGAAAUAAAAAAGCUAAAAUUGCACCCCAAAUUCAAUUUAGGUUUAUGACAGAAAACAAAAUCUGAACAAAAUAGCAAUUACAACAAAAAGGACAAAUAAUUUGGUAGAUUUGUUUAUAAUGAAUUAUAUGUGUACACAAAUUAAAAGAAGAAAUUGAUUUUUUAUGCCACCUUAAAAUAUUACAACUUUUCUGGAUUAAUUUAAUAUUUUUUGUGAGAGCGAUCAGUAUUUUUUGUGAAAAAAAUCAACAAUUUUUAUUGGCUGAGACAACGCAAAGUUGUACAGCUGGAUUAAGAGUUUAUUUGAUCCAUUUACAUCAAAAAUUAUAAAAUUUGUUCAUGCCUGUAUGCUAAGAUUGAUUAAUUUCUAUUUAUUGGGUGCUUUAUAACUCCCAAAUGCCAUCCAAUACUCUUCUGUCCAUGUAUAUAUAAAGGUUUGUAUUCAAGUGACUUGAAAUGUAUAAUUUUGGUUUAUUUUCAGACAUUGAAACCUUGUGUAAUCCUUAUAUAAAUUAUAUAUCGAGAUCCCCUUAUAGAUGCAUACAUCUCUAUCAUCUAGCUCCUGUUGCGAGCUCACUAUCUUAUAUGAUUUGUUAGGUCUGCUACCCCAAAUAUCGGUUCAGGUUUCGAUUAUAUUGUAUAUCAUGUUUUAAAUCAGUAUUAAGGAAGAAUAAGUUAUUCCAAAGGACUUGUGUAUAUGAGUAUGGGGGGAGGUGGUGUGUAAAAUAGGCUGUAUAUUUUGUAAGUACUAGGAUUGAUAUUAUAUGCAUGAAUUUAUUAUGGUGAUCAGGAUGAAAACUUUGAUGCUUUUUCUUGACGCUCUGAGCCUGAACACAUGUCAGUAUUGUAAACAAGUUCACCCAGUAAGGUUCAUUCACACAAGAUGCUGUAGACCGCCUUAUAAAGAAUGCUGUGGCAAAAUAAAAAUAAUAACUCUUUGUGAAAGAUGGCAAAUGGACACAGGAAAAAAAAACUUUGAAAUAUAAGCAUACACGUCCAUCAGUGUGUGUAAAGAUGCAGAAAAAUCAUAUAGGGACUUUUCAUUUUGCUUCAGCAUACUUUAAAGCAGUUUAACAUGUUAGGUGUGAAAGAGGUUGAAGAGGGUUCACAUAUUUCUCUGAAGCAGUCGACUGUUUGAAAAUGGACUGUUUUUUAUUGGAAACUGGUUUAUGACAGCAACUAAAAGUAUUCUUUCUGUGAAGAAUGGCUGAUUUUUUUUCUCUGCAGCUGGUAUAGAUAUUUUAAUGUAUUUUUGGUCUUUGAAGAGAGGGCACAAUACAUCUCUCGUCAGAUUCCUCAUUUUUGGUGCUGCCUUAAUAGUUUGGAGCUAGAAGGACAUUAAUUCAUAUACUCCAUCACACAGUUAAUGCCCUUCUGGGUCUCGACUUCUAAACACAUUAUUUUCCGUAUUGCAUUAGAGCAUCAGAGAUUUCAUUCUGACCGUCACCAGAGUGAUUCAUGCAGGCUAAGGUGUGUCAGUGACUCUUAUUCGGGAGCUUUCUGUGCCCAUGCCUCAUGACAUCGAUGGUUCGCUUUAAACUCUUCACAAACCAAGCACAUUUUGAAGAAUCUGAUCCAUUGGUAGGUUAAUCAAUUCAAUAGAACAAUUGAAAAUCCAGUUUUUCUUUAAUUGGUAACAAUUUAUAAGAGGGAUUACAAAAGAUACACCCUGUGUAUUGUAGCAAUGGUAGAUUCUGAAAUGACAUGGCCAUUUGACAACACUCAUUUAUGAGCCAACCUUUGCUGAAGAUGUUUAUUGCUGAAAUCAUAUGAUGUCAUGUUGGUAUGAGAUACAGAAUGAUUCUUGUAUGUUAUAGUUAAUCCCUGUUUGGACCGGGACUAACUUGUUAAAAACUUCUAUGCAUUCUGUAUAGGUACAUUGUUAUAUAAGGACAUUUUCUAUCGCAAUCACAAAUACGUGAUUACUGUAAGUAAGGUAUUAUCUUGUAAAUAAGGUAUAUAUAAGGAACCAGAUCAUUACAGGUAUUGUACAGGUGUAAGAUAAAAGUUGUAAAAUAAGCCAAAAAGGUUCAUAUUACUGUAAAUUUUAAGUAUGAAUCUGUUGUUCAACUCCUACCAAAUUAUCUUUAUGUGAGCAAGAUUUAUAUGAGUACUUCCAAAGAAAGUAACAAGGAUGAAAAUAUGUUCCAAAUGUGCUCUAUAUCUAUCAAGAAAUGCAUGGCAUACUGUAUGAAAAGUGCUUGUUUGUAAGUUGUUUGUCUUGAUUUUUAUUAAUUGGGAGGACUUUUGUGUUCUAAAACAGAAUGUUGUAUUUUUGUAGAAGAAAGUCUUUUCAAAGAGAGGAUAUAGAAAGAGGAUUGGAAUUGAACUGAUGCAGAAUUUUUGUAAUUGCUUGUAAAUCAGUUAAGAGAAGUAGACGGAAUGGUACCAACAAGUUAUAAGCAAACAAGGAUGAUAUUUUUGGGUCUGUCUUCUGCUAAAUCAGAUACACGACCCAUGGUCUAAAAUCACAUUUCACAAAACAAAAAUUUAGACCUCAGUGUGACUUUCUUUGUUGAGCCCAAUUUUGGGCUAAUGCCUAAAACCAAGUGUCGGAUUAAAAUUGGAUCUUUGAAAUAAAUAUCAUGUUUUUGUCUCAAGACAUGUGGCAUUUGGCCCAUUCACACACAAGAAAAAAGUGAAAUUUUAAGGUUGAAUCACAAUUCAGGUCCCAUGUUAUGUGUGCUUGUUUCCAUGUUGGAUAUAUGAAAUAGAUUUUCAGUAUCUCACUUGUAGUGACUCGUUCUAGAGAGUGCACAGCAAUAACUUCAGUGCGACUUUAUCAUGAACCAAAUCUUACGUAUGAGUGAGAUGUUUAAGCCGCCAGGUCUGUUAGAUGCACAUGAAAAAAGGGUGAGAUUCUGAUCACUGUUAAAAGAAAAUGAUUGUUGGAUUUCAAAAAUUGCUCUGUGUGUGAAUGGCCUAUUGCUACCGAUGACAAAGUCUGGUCGGUAUUAAGACUUUUUGAGAGCAAAAUGUCAUUAGAUAGAAAGGAAUCUAUAUUAAUGCUCUUUGUAAAUGAGAAGUUACAAUAUGCUGCCAAAGAAAUGGCUUUAUGUGGAAUGAUGCAAGAGAGGAUUAUUGUCAUGAGAAAAGUUUAGUCAGCUCUGAUCUGAAUUUUUAAACUUGGUUUCUUUGAACUUGGACAUUGUAUAUUUGUAUCAUUGAGAUAAUGUGUGCUUGCAAAGAUUUACAGAUUAUGUAAUCUGUAGCAACAAAAAAAGGACUGGUUAUAGUUCAAAAUAUGAGUGCAUUUAAAAAGACGCUGAAGGAUAUAUUGCAACAAAAAUUUGAUCAGAUAGGAUUUAUAAGGUAGGAGUUCCAUGCAAUGUGAGAAUAGAAGAACAUGACAGAUUCGAUUUGAAGGUAGGGAUAAUAAUUAUAGGGCUUUAAGGUAUUGAAGGUCUCAUGAAGAUGAAAUCUAAUUCAGUAUUGUAAGAAUUAGGAUGAUUUAUGAAGGUUUGCAAUUGUUGCUUUGUUUGACCCUGUAUAUGCAGGCACUUUAUGUCAUUGGUGUGUUUUCCCUCCAAGUCAGGGACAAAAAUGAGAGAGCCUUUGUAAUGCAUGCUUGAUGAUAGUGAUGAUGAUGACGAUGAUGAUGAUGGUGAUGAUGAUGAUGAUGAUGAUGAUGAUGAUGAUGAUGAAAAUAUACAAUUAAAAAGCAUGUCAACAACAACAGAUUUCAUUGUCUCAGAAUGAGCAAUGAAGGUGUUGAUUGUUGAUUACUAAACAACAAAUCUA